GUCACAUCGUGUACUCAAUCCACCAAUGCCCAUCAGUGCCCAGUGUGUACGCAUACGUAAUGUCCGCCAAUUCACAUUGAUUACUUCUCAGGCAUCCGUUUGUCUCUUCUUACCCUUUGACCCCAUUUACAUUUACCUUCGCCAUCACCAUUGUUUCCUUUCCUCAUCAUAGUCGUAGUAACUAUCCCAUUAAGCCAUUGGGACCCUUCAACAUCAUACCAGUUCGAAUACUCACAAGGUCGAUACUCGUUGCAUCUAUCGAUCACUCCAUCUAUCAGAUCCAUCAAUCCAUUAAUUCAUCAAUCAAUAUGGUCAAAUACGUAGCACCAGCUACCCUUCUGCUCCUCGCUAGUGCCGUUUCGGCACAGGAGACGACCGAGCAAAUCUUCAGUAUCCAAACAGACACCACAAACUUCCAGGCGUCGCCCACAGUGGGCCCUCCCGGCUCGACUACGGAGGGCAUCAUGAGCAUCUUGCCAAUCUUUACAUCGCCCACAGAGUCAGUAACGGGCAUCAUGUCGAUACCGCAGGGGGAGACUCCCAUCUCCACUGACACCGUAUCCGGCAUCAUGUCGAUUCCUCAAGGAGAGACUCCCAUCUCGACAGGACUCUCCUCAUCGGGUGCGUCUGCAUCGACGUCGGGAGGAACCACUCCGACACCAAGCGGCAGUGCAAGUGGUUCUCCAAGCGGCUCUUCAACGCCCUCCGAGUCCCCUGGUGCCGCUCCCCACGGCCGAUUUGGUGGAGACGGGAAGUCGGGUCUCUUUGCAGUGGCUUUGUCUGGACUGUCCAUUACUUUCGGAUUCGCGUGGACUUUGCUUUGAGUGGGCAAACGCGUUGGUGCCGGCCUUGCGGAUGACGUUUCUCAUUACCUCAAUAUGUAUACUUGAUACCCUGAAGCAUUUGGCACGUCCCGGAUGCUUCACCACACACAUUCACUACUUAGCUUGCUAGCAACCUGGGCAGCGUCAUGGUCUUGCGAAUACCUAAGAUUAGCCGAUGAAACAAUUGAUCAAUGAACAAUUCUGC